CCCCUCCGCUCGGCCCCGCCCCCGGCUCGGAAGUGUCGGCUGCCGGGACGGUGGCCGCGAGGGGCCGGUGCGGUUCGCGCUCUCCCAUGGCGGAGCGGGAGGAUGUCGUUGGUGCUGGGGCUGCUGUCGCACACGCUCAGCAGGGUGCUGUGGUACUCCGGGCUGCGUAGGGGCUGCCAUGCUCCUCGGAGCCAGGCCAUGGAACAGGACAAGGCGCUCGAGGUUUACGACAUAAUCCGUACUAUCCGGGACCCAGAGAAGCCCAAUACUUUAGAAGAACUGGAAGUGGUGACAGAAAGCUGUGUGGAAGUGCAAGAGAUAGGUGAAGAUGAGUAUCUGGUUAUCAUCAGGUUUACACCCACAGUACCUCAUUGCUCUUUGGCUACUCUCAUAGGCCUUUGUUUAAGAAUAAAACUUCAGAGAUGUUUGCCUUUUAGACACAAGCUGGAAAUCUACAUAUCUGAAGGUACCCAUUCCACUGAAGAAGACAUCAACAAGCAAAUCAACGACAAAGAGAGAGUAGCAGCUGCCAUGGAGAACCCAAACCUGCGUGAAAUCGUGGAGCAGUGUGUAACAGAGCCUGACUAGGAGCUGCAGAACCCCCAGAGUUGCCACUUUUGAUACAUUUCUUAAGACACCUUUGUUUAAAAAACAAGAGAAAACAAGAAUAACCAAGGCCUUGCGUGGAACACUUGAGUUUUUUUUAUCUUCCACGUUGCUUUUUUAAAGGAAAAUGUUUAUAAUAUGGAUUUCAGUUAUCAUGGUUUAGUCUCUAAGAUAAAGUGAAGUCUCUAGCAUCAAGAGGUUGUAAUUUCUGCUGUCCAGAGGUAUAUUUUAUGAUGAGAACCAACCCAACCCAUAUGUGUUGCCUUCUGAUAGACAUUGUGAUACCAAUUCAGUUUUGCAAGCCAAAUUUCUACAUUGUUUCAAUCACUGUGCUGUAAAAAUAAACCAGAUUCCUGCACUGAAA